UCGCGUUAAUUUAUUCCCAUCACCGCACCCGAAACGACCCGCGACCCCAGCCCCCGGCCCCCGGCCAGUGAGUCGCCCACGCUGCUACAACUCCAGUAGCCGCUCCACACACUACCCAGAAGGCUAGCUAGCACCGGUGCAGUGCACAACCAGUGUAGUCGCGGAGAGGGAGAGGUAAUUGAGCCAAGUAACUUUGGACGUGCGCGAUCGGCCGGAUCGGGCGUUGGGGGCCAUGGCCGGCGCCGCGGGGGACAGGCCGGAAGGGGUUGACUGGUCGUUCGCCGGGGACGGCUUCGCGGAGUACUCGUCGGCGCUUUUCGCGGAGCUCGGCGGCUGGUCGGGCGAGCUGCCGUCGCUGGAUCUGCCGGCGCCGAGGGCGGCGGUGCCGUGGCCGGAGGAGACGCCUGCGGGGCCAGCUGGCAGGUCGGCCGACGCCGGCGGCGCGUCGUCCAGCUCGAGCGGCGACGGCGCCUCCGCCGCCGCGGAGAACGCCGACAAGCCGGCGUCCGCCGCCGCCGAGGCAGCGAGCAUGAAGCCGGCGGCGGCGACGAGGAAGGGGCAGAAGCGCGCGCGGCAGGCGCGGUUCGCGUUCAUGACCAAGAGCGAGAUUGAUCACCUCGAGGAUGGCUACAGAUGGAGGAAGUAUGGGCAGAAAGCCGUCAAGAACAGCCCUUUCCCAAGGAGCUACUACAGAUGCACCAACAGCAAAUGCACGGUGAAGAAGCGCGUGGAGCGGUCGUCAGACGACCCGUCCGUGGUGAUCACCACCUACGAGGGCCAGCACUGCCACCACACCGCCUCCUUCCAGCGCGGAUUCGGCGCCGGUGCCACGCCCACGGCGAUGCAUCACAUCCACGGCGCCGCGGCCGUUGCCCUGGCGGAGCAAAUGGCCUUCGUCUCAGCGCAGCAGCAACAGCAGCAGCUGUACAACCAGCUGCAAGCUGCACCUUUGCGACUACGGCAGACGAACGUCCUAAUCCCAUCCACGGAGUCUCCGGAGACUGGCGUUAGCUCGACGACGACGGCGUCUUUGCAGCAGCUGAAUGGGAGCAACGAGCUCCGUAGCCCGACGGCGGCCAUGGCGCGGUCACCGUCGUCGUCGUCGGUGCCUCCCUCUGUGUCGUUUGAUAUGGGACUGCUUGGCGACAUCGUGCCUCCUGGAGUAAGACAUGGAUGACAAUAUAUGACUAAUUAUCUUCUUAAUAGCCAUACGGGAAGGCAUGCCGCUAGGACGGAGCGAGGCAUGGGCAGAAGAAAAGGCAGAUCAUGCAGCUCAGCGGCUAGGGUUUUCAGCUCCUUCAGGAAUUAAGCACUACUCUAGUUGAGUGCUAGCUUUCUGACGACAAGAUUUGCUAGUGAUUUUGCACUAAACGCGCCGCGCCUCAUUAUUUAUUUGAAGGCCGGUGCAAAUUCGAUCGAUCCCAUGGAUGGCAGAUUCUGUGCCCAAUAUAUAUUCACCUAACUCAGCCGAUAUCUGGCUUUCUGUUGGCAUGCAGCACUUGGAUCACCUGAAUUCCUUAAUCGAUCUCCUUGUAGAACAAUAUAAUACUAUAACCUGAAUUACCUGAGUAUGAAUUAGUGCUUAAGUUCUAGCUAUAGCAGUUUUUUUUUAAAUUGGUCUCUAGCUCUAGCAGGUUUGUAAUGUAGUGUCGGUAGCUAGAUGCUAGAAACAGAUCGAUCAUUCGACCAUUGUUUUAAUUAUCUUUACUCCUAUUAAUUCCGACUUUAAUUA